AUGGGCGCACGCCCACACCCGUUCCGCGAGGGCAACUAUGCCCCGGUCCGCGACGAGCGCCAACUCGAGCCUUGCACUUGCGAGGGCGAGCUCCCUCUCGAGCUCGCAGGCGGCAUGUACGUCCGCAACGGCGGCGAGCCUGCCCUUGCCGAAUCGAUGCGGGACGACGCUGCGCCGGCGUACCACUGGUUUGACGGCGACGGCAUGCUCACGGGUGUCUACUUCCAGGAGGCGAGAACGGCGACCGGUCGACGGCACCUCGUCCCGACCUUCGUCAAUCGCUACGUCCUCACCGACGUCUACCUCGCCUCGCACGCCCUCGGCCUCAAGACGCCCAUCCUCCCGUCCAUAGCGACGCUCGUCGGCUCGAUCUGGACCCUCCCCCUCAUCCUCCUGGCCAUCUUUCGAGCCGUCUUCCUCGCCUUCCUGUCCUUCUUCACCCACUCGCCCCUGCGCCACCUCUCGGUCGCCAACACGUCGAUCCUGUGGCACGACGGUCGGGCCCUCGCGUCGUGCGAGAGCGGGCCUUUGACCUGGGUCACGCUGCCGGCGCUCGACACGGUCGGGUACUGGAGCCUCGAGGGGGACGACGGCGAGCCGGGACUCAGGGAGGGCAUGAUCGGCUGGAUGAAGGAAUGGACAACCGCGCACCCGAAACGCGACCCGACGACGGGCGAGCUCAUGCUCUUCCACAUGACGUUCCUCCCGCCGUACCUCCACUACUCGGUCAUCCCGUCGACGCCCGCCGCGUCGGAAAAGGCCGAGCCGACGCCGCGCAUCCUCGCCGCGCCCGUCCCGAUCUCGUCGCCCAAGAUGAUGCACGACAUGGCCGCCUCGCGCGAGCACUCGAUCCUCCUCGACCUCCCCCUGUCGCUCAACCCGCUCAACCUCGCCGUCGGCAAGCCCAUGAUCCACUACGACCCGGCACAGCGCUCGCGCUUCGGCGUCCUCCCUCGUCACGCGCCCGACCUCGUCCGGUGGUUCGAGGCGCCGCCCUGCAUCAUCUUCCACACCGCGUUCGCCGCCGACGUGUACGACCCGCACGACUCGACUCGGGUGGACGCCGUCGAGCUCGUGUGCUGCCGCCUCAACUCGCCUCGGCUCGUCUACGCCGCCGGCAACCUCGACCUCCCUGUCGCGCAAGCGCUCCCCGCCGGCGCCAAGGAGGCGUGCGAGCUGUACUACUACAGCUUCUCGAUGUCGUCGCCGACCGCCACCUCGCCCUCGCACGCCUUCCCGCUCUCCUCGAUCCCCUUCGAGUUCCCGACCGUCCCACAAGCUCGCGUCGUCGGCCCGGCCAAGUACGUCUACGGCUGCUCGAUCAAGCACGGCAACUUUGACGCCGCACUCGGCGGCGCCGCCAAGAUCGACUGCCUCGUCAAGGUCAACGUCGACGCCCUCGUGCGGCGAGGGCACAAGCGCGCCGAGGCGGGCAAGGGCGACUCGGAGCGGCCCGUCGACGAGCGCACCGUGUCCGAGGUCCUCGCGCAGCAGACGUCGCGCACGUCCAACGACGACGACGUGCCCAUCCGGAUCCUCCAGAUGCCGCCGCGCCACUACGCGCAGGAGUCGUCGUUCGUCCCGAGGGCGAACCCGAGGAGCGAGGACGACGGGUACCUCCUCACGUACGUCUUUGACGAGCACCAGCUCGACGAGGCGACAGGUCAGCCUCGCGACGGCGCGACGAGCGAGCUGUGGGUCGUCGACGCGUGGGACCUCGAGACGGUCGUCGCCAAGGUCAAGCUGCCGCAACGAGUACCGUACGGCCUGCACGGCAACUGGUUCACGGCCGACGAGAUUCGCGAGCAGCGCGACGUCGCCAGCGUGCGCAGCCGACCUUAG